GGGGGCUGCGGCUGUUUCCGGGAGCCCCGGGGUGCCGGGCGAGGCGGCGGGCAGGCUCCUGUCCUGAGCCCGGCAGCGGGGCAGGGCGAGGGGGGCAGCGGCGGAGAUGGCGGCGGCCUGCACCUCUGCGAGCAUCGUCGAAUACUUCGGCGGGGAGGAUGGCUACCGCUGCGGCUACUGCAAGAGCGAGACCGGCAACCUCUCCCACGGCAUGUGGGCACACUCCAUGACAGUUCAAGAUUACCAGGACCUCAUAGACAGAGGAUGGCGAAGAAGUGGAAAAUAUGUCUACAAACCUAUCAUGAACCAAACGUGUUGUCCUCAAUACACAAUAAGGUGCCAGGCUUUGCAUUUUCAGACCUCCAAAUCUCACAAGAAAGUUCUGAAGAAAAUGUUGAAGUUUCUUUCCAGAGGAGAUGUUUCGAGAUCAGGGACUGGAGAAGAGCCUAUGGAUUCCCAUAUAGAGGAUGUGGUCGCCUGUGAUUUUGCACAUGGAAGUGAACCCCACCUGAGUCAGUCUGAACUGAAUCCCUUGAGUCAGUGGAUCACACAGAACGUGGGUCACACAGAGAAGGUGCAGAAUGAAGAUAAGGACACAGGAGAAACAAAAGAAGAGGUGAAUGUGCCAGAGGUGGACUCGAGCUGUCCUCAGACACGUGUGGAUGAAGACACAGCAGUCCCUGGGGAGCCCUCACACUCGGCUAAAGUUGGCCACACACCACCUAAGCCAGGGAAAGGGGCUGACCUGAGCAAGCCGCCCUGUCGAAAAGCAAAGGACAUCCGGAAAGAGAGGAAACUGCAGAAACUCCUUCAGAACCAGAUGGGCAAAGCUGAAGGCUCUCAACUUCAAGCAGGAGAUCAAGUUUCCCUCUUGCAAAACUCUAAAUCUAAACCAAACCAGCCUAAAAGCAUGGAAGACUUCAUUUUUGUCUCUUUGCCUGAUGAUGCACGACACAAAUUAGAGGUGAGGGUGGUGAGAUCAUCUCCACCAAGUUCACAGUUCAAAGCCACAUUUCAGGAGUCUUACCAGGUCUAUAAACGUUACCAGAUGGUUGUUCACAAGGACCCACCUGAUAAACCAACUAUAAAUCAGUUCACACGGUUCCUCUGUGACUCUCCUCUGGAGGCAGAGAACGCACCAGAUGGACCAGAAUGUGGCUAUGGCUCUUUCCACCAGCAGUACUGGCUGGAUGGGAAGAUAAUUGCUGUUGGUGUAAUUGAUAUCCUGCCCUACUGUGUGUCCUCUGUCUAUCUGUAUUAUGAUCCAGACUACUCCUUCUUGUCUUUGGGAGUCUACUCUGCGUUGCGGGAAAUUGCUUUUACCAGGCAACUUCAUGAAAAAGCUCCUGAGCUCUGUUUUUAUUACAUGGGUUUCUACAUUCAUUCAUGCCCCAAGAUGAGAUACAAGGGUCAGUACAGGCCUUCUGACUUGCUGUGUCCAGAGACAUACGUCUGGAUGCCCAUUGAGCGAUGCCUCCCCCUGCUUGAGCACUCAAAGUACUCUCGCUUCAACCAGGAUGUGAAAGCAGUUGAUGAAGGUGGUGUGAAGGAGCUGGGCAGAGUGAGAGUGCUGCACAAGAGAACCGUGAUGCCUUACAGCGUCUACAAGAAGAGAAGGAAGGGGCCGAGUGACGAAGCCAGUGUCCAGCAGUACGCCAGCUUGGUUGGCCAGGCCUGCUCCGAGAGGAUGCUGCUCUUCAGAAGCUGAAAGAUGAUUAACUGCCAGUUGGAUGGCACUGUUCUGUUGCACUGCCACUGGGUGAUCUGUACUCUAGCUGUGUGUUGGUAUGCCUGCUCCAGUAGCAGUAUGAAAUCCAGGUUCUCUCUCUAGGCUUGUGUGGGUUCGUGGUACUGUGCUUAAAGGCCAACUCCAGUCAAGCUUACAAUGCAGCAAGGCUUUAGCAAUACAAGUUCAGCAAACCACGCUUGCAGUAUAUUCCAAUUCAGUAAUUUUAGCCUUUCUAUGCAUUGGGAAUAACCCUGAGUAUGUCAGCAAGAUGAAAAACAGGUCCUUUCCAAGACAGCAGUUGACUAAAUCUAGGUUAACAAUAAUUCAGUUACAGAUGUUUUCCAGUAGCACCUUGGAUGUCUGUCCCUUAAAACUUGCCAUGGCAUUUGUGCUCGCAUUUGGAUGCUCCUAAACUCCUGCAAGGGAAUGGAGACCUGCUGUCAAGUUUCUAACCUGAAAUCUGGUAUGGUUUCAUCUUUUUUUUCAGCAGUCUGUUUAAAAGCAGGCAGAGAUGACUGUCACUGCCCAUUCUUCAUGGCUUUGAGGCAGUAGGUUAGUGUCUGAGGUCCUGGUGAACACAGGAGCUCCUCAUAGCUUCUUGGUGGCAGGGGAUGCAGUGGAAAACUUGACCCCGUUAGAGGUGAGGCAGGAUAGUUGCACUAUGACUACACCAAAGCUCCAGCCAGGAGGUGUGGUGGGGGUUGGUGUAAGCCUUAUCCUUUGUCUCAGAAAAGGGGAGACUCUAACGCACAUCACUAAGGCGAAGCAGAGCAUUGCAUUGGGAGGUUUGUCCUGUGGCUCUCCACUGCAUCUUGCAGGCUCAGGCUACAGAAGACUUCUAGCUUUGGUUGCACUCUUGUUCUGCAGGUGUGUCUGGGGAGACUUCAGUACCAUACUCCUGUAUUUUUACUGUUUUGUUGAUGGUGCAGCAGCUCACAGAUUAGGUCUUUAGUGACACUCAAGUGCUGUGAUGCUUGCUGAAGGCACUUCACUGAUCAGCCAUGUCAUUAGUCCUUUGUGUCCCUAUCCAGUCACACAGGUUAGAGGAAUGCUUGGAAACAGCACCACUGUAGAAUUCAGUGAUGCAUUACAAGAUCAAAACAAUGCCAUUGCACUCAUGAUCCUUAUCUUCUCGGAUACCAGGAGCUGGUAUUUACCUUCAGUCAACUGCUGGUAAGCUCUAAGGAAAAAUUCUUGUUCAAGAAAAUGUGUGUAGGUGGUGCCCCAGAAAGGAACCAAGUCCAGUUUUUUACUCUUCUGAGAGUUACAUCGUGGCUUGGGCUUGGAUUUUAAACACUUGGCCAAUAUUUUUAGUCAUUGUUUUUUGUUUGGGACAGAUGCAAGAAUUUUGGAAUUCAACUGCAUUGCAAAGUGAACCUUUUGUCUGUCUCUUUUUGGUCACUGGAAUGUUAUUGAUAUAGACUCGAACAAUGAUUUUGUGUUUCACACCUUGAACAAGGAUUUUUCAUUUCACACCUUCACAAUGAUUUUGUGUUUCACAUCUUGAACAAGGAUUUUCUGUUUCACACCUUCAGCAAUGAUUUUGUUUCACAUCUUGAACAAGGAUUUUCUGUUUCACACCUUCAGUAAGGAUUUUGUCUUUCACACCUUGAACAGUGAUUUUGUGUUUCACACUUUCAGCAAUGAUUUUGUCUGUCACACUUUCAGCAGUGAUUUUGUGUUUCACACCUUGAACAAGGAUUUUCUGUUUCACACCUUCAGCAAUGAUUUUGUUUCACAUCUUGAACAAGGAUUUUCUGUUUCACACCUUCAGUAAGGAUUUUGUCUUUCACACCUUGAACAGUGAUUUUGUGUUUCACACUUUCAGCAAUGAUUUUGUCUGUCACACUUUCAGCAGUGAUUUUGUGUUUCACACCUUGAACAAGGAUUUUCUGUUUCACACCUUCAGCAAUGAUUUUGUUUCACAUCUUGAACAAGGAUUUUCUGUUUCACACCUUCAGCAGUGAUUUUGUCUUUCACACCUUCAGCAGUGAUUUUGUCUUUCACACCUUCAGCAGUGAUUUUGUGUUUCACACCUUGAACAGUGAUUUUGUGCUUCACACUUUCAGCAAUGAUUUUGUCUUUCACACCUUCAGCAGUGAUUUUGUGUUUCACACCUUGAACAGUGAUUUUGUGCUUCACACCUUCAGCAAUGAUUUCAUGAUUGGGGUAUGUUGUAUUGAUUUACUUGCAGUCUGCAACAAAAGUGAUGUCUGUCAGCAUUAUAUCUGGUAUGUGUUUGUCUGUUGCCUGGUACUGAGAAGUUCCUGUACAAUCUAGGGUGUCCACGUCUUACCUAAGCCCAUUGCCAUGGGAAACCCACUAAAUACUACUUAGGAGCAUUCUCAUCAAGAGUUCCUUCCUGUGGAGAAAAUGCUCUUUGCCACUCAGUGAAGUGUCAGAAACAUUUUCUGCCUGCCCAGAGUAUUGGAAGGUGGUGAAAACCAAAAUGAAUGAGCAAACCUUUUAACCUGAUACAGAAUCACUUAACAGGCACGGAGGAAUUCCAGUAUGAUUGCAGCACCUUCAAGAUUAUCAGACUCAUUUAAUGAUGCUCCUGGAGAAUUUAAAGGUUCUGUUAAACUGCCACCACUGGGAGUUCUUGAAGACCUUUUGUGCCCACUCCUUGUUACUGCUAAUGCCUUCUAGAUAUGGAUUAGACUCUUGACUGAGGCUCUGUAAGAAGAGUGAGAAUUGAGUACAGCUUGAAGUUGUCAUUAAUGUGACCACUGAAUGACUAUCUCCUGUGGUGCUUUCUCUGUCUGACCUCCACUGGAACUGCAGCACCAUGGCAUGCUGGGCUUCUGACUCUUGCUGACCUCCUGUUGAUAUAUAUAUAUAUAUAUACAUAAAAGCACUGAGACUAACUCAGCAGUUGAGUUAAUCCCCUGUAGUAUGUUGAGCUCAGACUUGCUGCUUUAGUGUUUCAGAAGGAAAUUGGUGCAGUGUCUUCCAGGACUGAUACCUCUACCCCUGCUUUGGAAAUGGAAUAGAGCCCAAAGAUGAAGUUCUGUACAUUUUACCACUGCCUUCAGUGGAGCUGCAAAUUCCUCACUGUUACAAAUGUAUGUGAUGAGAUGCUGACCUGGAGAGGUGCUGAGUUCAGAGGUUAUUUCAUUUAGUACAAACCAUUUUUUAAGCCUGGGUUCUUUAGGUUUUUUGUUGUGUUGUUGUUUGGGUUUUUUUUUUAAUCAUAGUUAAUUUGUGAGAGUUCAUCCCUCAAGUAAACUUGCCUCCUUCUUCUGUCUUCUCUUGAUGAAUGAGCAUAAAAAGGUGGUAAGAAAAUGCAGAGCUGUGACCACUGCUAAAAAGGAAGAUUCUUUGUUUUAGUUGGGAAGGAGCUUCCUCAUUUCCAGCAUCAACUCAUUUCAGUGAAUGCAAAAGAUCCUGCAUGUUGAGUCUGUGGUUGCUUCUCAGCAGGCCUGUUUGACUUGCAAGUAUAGACAAUAAAGUUAUUCCUAGUCUCUGUGAA